AAUGACAUUGUUCUGUUGAAGAACAUCCACAAUUCGACCUCUACUCCAGUCCUGAGCAAUCGCCUACGUGCCGGAAAGAAGAUAGAGCUUGUCAGGGAUUCCAUCUCCCACGAUGACAUUCUCGGCAAAGGACUCCGUGACUUGGUAUCGUCGAAGAAGCGGAUCAACUAUCGAAUAUCAGAACCAACAUUGGCCGAAUACACGGAUCUCUCUCCGCGACUAGUAACGCCAAUUUACUCCCAAGAUGCGAAUUUGAUCGUCUCCCUACUCGACCUUAAUCCUGCCGUCCCAGACCCGAGCACCUCGAUACUUGAUCGAUUCGAGAUAUUUGAAGCCGGCACCGGUCACGGAGCAUUGACGUUGAACCUUGCAAGAGCCAUACAUGGCGCGAAUACAGCUGCGCCAAAUAUUCCAGAGGAGGAUGAGACAGCAGAGAUAUCCCCCGACAGGGUGGAAGCAAGAGAGGCGUACAAAGAGUGGCGAACAAAUCGAAGAGCAGUGAUCCAUACACUCGAUUGUUCCAGCCGACACUCUGCACACGCCAAAACAGUUGUGAAGAACUUCCGCCAUGGGAUGUAUUAUCCACACAUUGACUUCCAUGUUGGGAGUAUCGAUGACUACCUCACACCACGUUUGGUAGAAUCUAGUGGCGCCCCAUUCCUAGAGUAUACGAUCCUUGAUCUGCCAGAUAUAACCCACUUUUUCGACAUUGUUGGCAAAGCUUUGAAACCGAAUGGUACCUUGAUUACGUUCUAUCCAAGCAUAACGCAAAUUAAUACCGGUAUCACCUUUGCGAGGCAAAGACACUUACCUUUGUUCCUGGAAAAGGUGGUGGAAGUCGGAGGUGCUGUUGGAGUGGGUGGAAGGGAAUGGGAUGUCCGACCUGUGAAGCCAAGAGCCUUGUUGGAAGCCAAAGUUGAAGGUACGAAGCAGUCUAGAUAUCUCGAAGAAGGCCGAGAUAUCCUAGGAGGUCCCGUGGAAGAUUUGGGAGAACUUCUAGCAAAAACCUUAGUUAGUAAGAAUCCAGUCUCUGAUGACAAUGGGUGGGAAAUGGUCUGUCGGCCAAAGGUUGGGAUCAGAAUUUCCGGCGGAGGCUUCGUGGGUGUAUGGAGGAGAAUGUCAGGUACCAGUAUAUGA